GUUGAGAGCGUAUUUUGAGAAGGGUGUCGUAAUGAACCGUCAUCGUGCAUAGGGCCCCACGAAAAGAAGCAUCGCAAGUUGGACCAAUUCCAGCGCACUAGUUCUGUGGUAUUUUUGGGUAUUCUGGCCACAGAACGCCCUCCAGGCAGGAUCUAUCCAACCGCUGGAUAAUACAGACAGGACGCCCAGGUAGGCACGACGCGGUUGUCCACGGGUCCACGGAACGCGCCAAGAUUUGAGCCGUAGGCUAAUGAGUGAAAAUUGAUUGGUGCGCCAGGAGCACUAAUAGUGGGUCUCCUCCCCCCUUGUGUAUGUAUGUCUGCCUGCUAGUGCUCGUCAGUGGUAUACAUACGGUGUGCCAGAACAAGCAGAGUGUGUUUAUCCGCGACGUCUUGAUCCGAACACGGAAUGGAGACCACUGCAAGUGAUUCCACCGAACGGCGGAAGUCAGACACGGAGUGUGAAGGGACGACAGCGGCGGCGGAGGGUGAAGAAACACAAACAAAAAGCUCCGCUGACACCAAACGCCAAACACCAACCACCCAGCCCGAGGUGGUGGAACCCGAUGACAAAGCGCAACAGUGCGUGGAUGAACCGACGACGACGACGACGACGACGGAAUCGAACAACGGCCAACCGUCUUCCUCGGUUGAACGGGCAGCAGCACCAGCAACAUCUUCCACUUCCAAAGCACCGCCGAAAAGCAGAUCGUUCGCAAAAAUACCGAUCUUCGUGGUGGAAGAUCAUCACGAAGUGCUCACGUUCCUUUAUCGGUGUUUCGGCUCGAGGCAUUUACCGCUGCACGGCAACCGGAUCGUGCAUUUCGACUCCCAUCCGGACAUGUGCAUCCCGAAGCAUAUGCCCGCGGACUAUGUGUUCCACAAGGACGCGCUGCUCGACAGUAUCAGCAUCGAGAACUGGCUGAUGCCGACCGUGUUCGCCGGGCACGUGGAGCGCAUCGUUUGGAUUAAACCGCCGUGGUCGGACCAGAUCCCGAAGGGCAAGUUUGAGUUUCACGUCGGUGAGUUCGAGGGUUCGAUACGGACCGAUUCGACGCUGGAGUAUUUCGUGUCGGAAGGUUGCUACCAGCCGGAGGAAAGGUUGGAAAAUCGGAGACGAUUGCGGUUGGAGGUUUGCUCGGUCGGCGAGUACACGGUAGCGGAGGAUACGGAUCUGGCCAAGGGCUACAUACUGGACAUCGAUCUGGACUACUUCAGCACACACAAUCCCUUCCUGAAGAUCUACGACCGGGUGCAGCUGUACGAGAAGCUGAAGGAAAUAUUCGUUUCGCCCGAGCUGGCCGACGACGCGGAGAACGAUCUCGAGAAGCUGCAGCGUGUGGCGCGCGAUCGGGAGGAGAAGCUCGAGUUCUUGGAGUCGAUCUUCCUGUACCUGGAGGAGGUGGGCAAUCUGAAGCAUUUCUUGGUGGAUUAUCAGCAGGAAAUCAGUGAGGAGUAUACCGGGCUGCUGGAGAAGGUAUCGACGCUGGUGCGAACGUUGAAGCGCGAGUACAAGGAGGAGGAGAUUGAUUGGUCGAUGAUUUACGAUGCGGGCUGCACGUGUGACGUGACCGAUCUGCCGCACCACGAAUCGAGCCGGGAGGAGAUCGAAACGAUGGUGGGCCAGCUCGAACGCUUCCUGGAGAAGCUUCCGUGUCCGCCGCUCGUCAUAACGGUGUCCCGAUCGAGCGAGGACGACUACACACCGGCCACGCAGGUGGAAAUGAUACAGGAGAUGGUGCUGGCGGCGCUUACAAAGUGCCUCCGGGCGGAACUAGAUACCCCCAUACUUCACUAUAAGGAUCAGCAAUUUACCUUGUAAGGACAAUAAACCAACCAACCAACCAAACGACACACGAACACACCGCCCCGCAUAUACACACACCAAUGUCCUCCCUAUCCUUCUUUAAGUUAACAACGAA